AUGUCUGGUGCUGGCCUCUCAUACGGACUUAAUAUCACAAAGAAAAAGCCUGGAGAUAGACCCCAACCCGCAAAGCGGAAACCCAUAUUCGACGAAGACGACGAUUCAGAUGGCGAUGGCAAGGAGACGGAAGUUGCAGUGGAAGAGAUUGGAGAGAUUGGAGGAUUAUCUGGCGAUUCAAAAUCUUCAGCCCCCUCCCGCGGCAAUGGUUUCUCCUCCACGAAGCAAAAGCCGAACGGUGGCAACUCAAAGAAGGCGCCUAUUAGAAUGUACGGCGAUCUAUCGGCCUCCUUCACAUCCAAAAAGCAUGCAGAGACGGCGGAGGAACUAGAUGCGAGUAUUUACGAUUACGAUGCCGUUUACGACUCCCUCAAACCCCAGAAAAAGGUCACCCAGGAGGAUAUCGAGCGCAAACCAAAAUACAUGAGCAAUCUUCUUGCCGCAGCAGCAGUUCGAAAGCGUGAUGCUACAAUUGCCGAAGAGAAGAAAUUGGCUAGGGAGAGAGAAGCUGAGGGCGAUGAAUAUGCAGAUAAGGAGAAGUUCGUCACGUCGGCGUAUAAGAAGCAACAAGAGGAAAACCGGCGGCUUGAGCAGGAAGAACGGCUUCGAGAAGAGCAGGAGCGGAAACAAAACAAGGGAACGGGGAUGACGAGCUUUUACAAGAAUAUGCUAGAGAAAGGAGAGCAAAAGCAUGCUGAAAUUGUGAAAGCUGCCGAGGAGCAAGCUAAGAAGGGGAUUGUGGACGAAGAAGGGUCGCCGAAAGAAAAGAGCGAGGCGGAAAUUGCCCGGGAGAUCAACGAAAAGACUGGCGGCGCUAUUGCUGUUAAUGAUGAGGGACAAGUAGUCGACAAACGACAACUACUCACGGGGGGUCUAAAUAUAAUACCAACAAAGAAAAGCACCGCUCCAGCAAACGCUUCUCGUGGAGGCCCAUCAAUGUCGGAUCGAAGUAGAGGAUCGGGAUUUGUUGGGGCUGGAGGUGGCAAGCAAGCAAUGCGGGAGCGUCAAACGCGUAUGAUGGAAGCCCAGCUUGAACAAGCUACCAAGCGGGCUUUGGAGCAAGACGAAGAAGACAGGGAGAAGAUUGAACGCGCAUCGAAGAGCAGAAAGACUGAAGGGGAUAUCAUGAGUGCUAAGGAGAGAUACCUUGCUCGAAAGAAGGAGGCUGAGGAAGCGAAGAAGAGGGGCGAAGUGCCCUGA